CGCCGGGGGAAGGGGCGGGCCGGGCCGCGUCGCGCCGCUGAGCUCACGGCUCGGCGCCGGGACCGGGCGGCAGCAGCAGGCGGCUGCUCGGGCCUAGCGCUGCCGCCUCAGCGCGCCGGGAGCCCCGCGAUGUGGGCUGAGGUGUUGCUUCUGCCCCGCAGGGCCGGGCUGCGGCUGCUCCCGCCGCUCCGGCUGCGGCACCCAGGGCCGGGCGCCAUGAAGCUGCAGUCCCCCCAGUUCCAGGCGCUCUUCACACCGGGGCUCCGCAGCGUGGCAGAAUUGUUUGAGAAGAAGAACUAUGAGCUGAGAAUAGCAGGAGGUGCUGUGAGGGAUUUACUGAGUGGAAUGACGCCACAAGAUAUAGAUUUUGCCACUACAGCUACACCAGCGGAGAUGAAGGAACUGUUCACAUCUGCUGGUGUUCGUCUGAUCAAUAACAAAGGAGAAAAACAUGGCACCAUUACUGCCAGGCUCCACGAACAGAAUUUUGAAAUUACUACUCUUAGAAUAGACGUCGUGACGGACGGACGACAUGCAGAGGUGGAAUUCACCACUGACUGGGAAAAGGAUGCAGAAAGGAGGGAUCUGACUGUCAAUUCCAUGUUUUUAGGUUUGGAUGGGAUGCUGUAUGAUUUUUUUAAUGGAUAUGAAGACUUGAAAAACAAGAAAAUUAGAUUUGUAGGAAAGGCGAGUGAGAGAAUACAGGAAGAUUAUUUACGAAUCCUAAGAUAUUUCAGGUUUUAUGGAAGAAUCGCAGAAAAACCUGGUGAUCAUGAACCAAGUACUCUGCAAGCAAUUAAAGAAAAUGCCAAAGGUUUGGCUGGAAUAUCAGGAGAAAGGAUUUGGGUGGAACUGAAAAAAAUUCUUCUUGGAAACCAUGUAAACCAUUUGGUUCGACUUAUGUAUGAGCUGGAUAUCGCCCAAUACAUAGGACUGCCACUUGAAGGAAACUUAGAGGAAUUGGACAGAGUCACUAAAAAUAUUCAAAAUCUGUGUCCAAAACCGAUGACUGUUCUGGUGUCAUUGUUCAAGGUGAAGGAUGAUGUCACAAACCUUGAUCUGAGGCUGAAAAUCUCAAAAGAAGAAAAAAACCUUGGCCUUUUUUUAGUGAAGCACCGGCAUGAGUUAAUCAAAGCUAUGGGUCCAGAACCACUUAGACCAUACCAGGACUUCAUAAUGGAUUCUAGGGAAGCUAAUACAAAUUCCAAGAUUUGCGAGCUUCUAAUAUACCAAGGAGAGGAGCAUCUUUUGAGAGAAAUGCAGCAAUGGACUGUUCCUUCUUUUCCUGUCAGCGGCCAUGACUUAAGAAAAAUGGGUGUGUCUUCUGGAAAAGAAAUUGGAGCCGCGUUACAGCAGUUGAGGGACGAAUGGAAGAAGAGCGGGUACCACAUGGAUAAAGAAGAGCUGUUAAGUUGCCUGAAGAAGCUGUAACAUUGAAUAGCAGUAGAGAACUGUGUGUGCCGUAAGUGUAACUGAGACACCAGUAAACGCUCUGCCAGUGUUGUCACAGCCCGUAUAGCGUUUGUCGUACUCACGGUCUUCAGAGGGCGCAGUUCUGUUACUAACUCGUAAUUGCCGCGAGGAGAAGUUUAAUUUUGUAGGGACGUAAGAUGUUAUUUGCCAAAUUCCGCAGUCUCUACCUCUUUUUGUUGUGUUUUAAUGAUAAAGCAGUUGAAUAUUUAUCCUGACUCUGGGGCAUUAGAGGUGACAGCAAGAAUUUUCUCAUUCUGAGUUUGCUAUGUAAAAAAUAAUUUUUAAAAAAACCAAAUCCAAAAAAAAGGUGUUUCUCUCCUCUAGCUAAAAUCAUGGGGGUUUUUUGUGUCUAGAAGAGCGACCAAGUGUCUAGAAAUAUCAAGCGCAAAAUCUUAUUGUAGUUAAAGCUAGAUAUCAGAUUGAAACGCUCACGCCAGCAGUUCCCAACAGUCUUACCAUGUAAAACAAGUCUGUUUUCUUAAAAGAAAUAUUUUUAUUUUCCAUAAUUCCAGAAUCAGUUUUGGCUUAAAAGGAUGACUCAGCUGAGUCAGUAUCAUGAC